AUGAAAGCAGAAAGAGAUGGGCAGGAAACAGGGAGUUGUUCAAACUGGAAAAUCUUAGACUUCACUGCUAUGAAACUCAGACACCACAUGCUGCCAUACACCAUCUACAUCAUUGCCAAGAUAGACAUAAUCAAAUACAUGCUAACAAGGCCAAUAUAUGUUCCUCAGAAAGCUGUCAAAGGACAAGCUGUAGCAAAUCAUCCAAGGGAAGAGAUUAAAAACAUGGACUCUUUGGACAUAGCAAACACAGAUCUGCUGACUAGAGCUCAUACUUGCCUUAACAAUCCUAUCUAUUCAGUUCACCUCACACCUUGGAAGCUGUACUUUGAUGGAUCAAAAACUGAUGUGGCUUUUUGGGUAGGAAUUGUUUUGGAGGAACCACUAGGGAUCAGACAUUGUUAUUCUUUCCAGUUAGAUUUCCAGUGCACCAACAACAGGGCUGAAUAUGAAGCUUUAAUGAUUGGCCUAGAAAUGCUGGUGGAAUUAGGGAUCCAAUCUAUGGAAAUCCAGGGAGAUUCCAUGUUUGUGUUAAAACAGAUUGCUGGAGAAUACAAGUUUCGAAGCCCUUCUUUAGCUGUCUAUCUAGUGGCAACCAGAAACCUGCUGAUAGAAUUCAGAGAAGCUACUUGGGAACAUAUCCUAAGAGAAGAAAACUUUGCAGGCAAUUAA